GAAAUAUUUACCCAUUUCCCGACAGCACGCUUCGAUUCUUUCCAGCAGAAUCCAGCUCACCAAUUGGCGCCCUUUUUCUCAAAUGGAGCGAGUUUUAUCUCUCCUGUUGGUGCUGGCCUGGUUUGGUUCUGCUACUGCCGAAGGAAAUGCUUCAAAUUCGAGUGAUGCUGUUAACAUCACGUUGGUAACAUCUGUCGAUGGUGUCUUUGAAUCCACCACAUUCAGUUUCUCUUGCGUCUCAAACGUUUCCUUAUCCAAGAUUAAUCUCAUGAUUGAUGGGACUCCCAAUGGAACUAAAUUCAACCGAUUGACGACGGAUAAUAAAUCGGAUAAAGAGAUUGACUAUUCCUUCAAGUCAACCGUAGAGGCUGAUAAUGGAACAACGUUCAGUUGUGUUGGUGUGGCUCCUGAUAAUAAAACAUACAAUUCGUUGACUUUUACACUACAGAUAUAUUAUCCUCCUAGGUUGACUCAGGGUAAUAAUAUAACCAUUUUCACUGAAUUAAGUGACUUGGAGGACACACAAGAACUGAAUGUCACUGUCUUGAAGGCUAAUCCUCCUGUUAAUAGAUUUAUCAUCUACUACGUCACCAGCAAUAGUUCUGGCAUUACCACCAAGAUUGAUAAGUCUAAUACCAGUGGUGUAGUGACGUUUGAUGAACCUAUGGCUGAGAACAGGGGCAACUUCACCUUCUCUGUUUCUAAUGGCUACGGGAACACUUCCUUAACUUAUAAUACGUUCUUUGGAGGAGCUGCUGACAUGUUAAAUAUAACCUGUACCCCAACCUAUUCUAGUGAUGAUGCUACUAUAGUGUGUUAUGCUAAUGAUUACAGUGAUGCUCCUGCUACUGGUGUCACAGUAUCAUCACCUGGUUUGAAUGAGCCUCAGUAUUAUUCAUUUGAACGCAUUCCAGCUCGUGAUUUUCAAAUACAAGUUGUGUCUAGGGAUCUCACAGAAAUAGCACCUGGUAAUUAUACCGUUAGCAUGACUGCCUUGAAUCUCAUUAAGAAUCAGUCCGUAUUUGAAAAGACUUAUUACGUACCAGGCCUCAAGAUUGAUGUAUACAUUGAAUCAGAGUCUAAUGAAACAGCCGAGGGAGAUGUAUUCUCAUUCACCUGUCGUGCUCCAGUGAUGGAAUACCCCGUUAGCUUCACUAUACUCUUCAAUGAUGAGUAUACCCCUGAUAAUGAUAAGAGACUAGUAUAUGGAUCACUCAUUAAUGGAACACAAGUUGUCAAUCUUACGGAUCCAACCUACCUUGAUAAUGGGCUCAGUUUAAAGUGCUGUGCUAAUGGAACCUUUAAGUCUCCUCCAUUGAGAUUGGAUGUCCUGUAUGCUCCUAAAUACUUUGGUGUCCUACAGUCCAUACUAGUCAAUGGCUCUACUGGUAUAAUAUCACUAAACAUGACCUCCAAUCCUUUACCUGAUGCUACUGGUGUCACAUGGUAUCACAAUAACAAGACGAUUACUGGCGAUAAGAGAUUGACCCUAAAUGCCAGCAGUAUUCUAUUCAGUACAGUGACUGGUAGUGAUAUUGGGACUUACAGAGUUGAAGCUCACAAUAAAGUAGGCAGUGGCACCUCUGAGGACGUGGUCCCUACUCUGUACUCUGCUCCAUAUUUCACUCCUUCCAAUAAUUCAAAUAUACCGCAUUUAGUGGAAGGAGAAGAUUUCUAUGUCACGUUGAACGUCACGUCCAAUCCACCAGUUAACAAGUCUACCUGGACCGUUAAUGGAAAAGUCGUCAAUUCCACGACUGGUCGUAUUGUUGCUGGUCUGUUGAAUAUUAAUAUAACUGAUCUUAGGUACACUGAUGACAAGAGCAUUGUACAGCUGAAUGUGUCUAAUGAAUAUGGGGAAACAACGUUUUCUUUUAAUCUAAAUGUUUCAUAUUCUCCCAGAGUAACAUUCCCUAGUGAGACUCUAUUCACCUAUCUUAAUGCUGACACUACACUAAAAGCUGUUGUGCUAGCUAACCCACCUGUAUCAUCCUCUAUAUGGUAUCAUAAAGGAGUGGUCUUAGAAACUAACGAAGAUGUUACUGUAAAGCCAGAUAGUCUCUCAUUUAAGUCAAUAAGCUUAUUUUAUAAUGGCAGCUACACUUUGGAUGCUUAUAAUUCUAUUGGCAAUUUGUCAGUGAAGACUGACAUUGGCAUCUAUUUUGGUCCUAUACUAAAUGCAACUAUUGAAGAUGUCUCUAAAAACGUCACUAAUACCUCUCAAUGGGUUGAAUUUAAAGAUGGCAGUACUUUCACUCUCUCUUGUAUUGUCAGCAGUUCUUUUCCUGCAGUCAAGAAAUUCCUCAUCCAGCUGCCUUGUCACAAAAACGAGUCUGACUGCAACGAGGUCGUCAAAACUGACAAUAAAACCUACAUUAAUGUAACCAUCACCGGUGCUUCCAGCAAGAAGAACAGCAAGAACUAUACUUGCACUGGGAGGACUGGCCAUACCUCUGGGAAUGUGACCUUUCAGACUUUUGUUGGAGGACCUCCUGAUAAAACUAAAGUGAAAAUUGAUCACCAUUUUGUCAAAACUAAUGUUACAUUCACCAUGACUGUUACUGAUAGCAGUGACGCGCCUCCAAGGACAAUAACAUACACUGAUCCUUCGUCUAGCAAGAAUGAGUCUUUCACUAUUGACAAACCGCUAAUUAAUGGUGCCUCUUUUGUAAAAAAUAAUUUUACCACUAUCUCAAUCAGCAAGCUUCAGAAAGACUAUAAAAAAGGAGUCAUUUCUUUUAAAGUCUAUUCUUCUAAUAAUAUUGGUGGACCAAUUCCUGUUAAGGCAGAGCCGUAUACUUACAUUGCAUCUUCACCUUUACCAACAUCAACGCCAACAUCAUCAUCACCACCUACUAAAAAAUCUAAAACCACUUCUAUUGUGGUUGGAGUUGUUGUUCCAGUUGUUGUCAUUGCCAUCAUCAUCGCCGUCAUUGUUGGGGCUUAUUAUUACAUUAAGAAAAAGAGGCGAAAUAGUGGUUUCUCUCCAUUGAGAUCAAUACCAGAUGAUGCUGUUCCUGGUACAUAUGGCACUACAAACAGCUAAAGAACUCAAACUACUAUUAUCAUUAUUCAAUGUGUAACUGAUAUUUUGGUUUCCCCUGUCUAUUAUUAGUAAUCUAUGUAAUCCCCCCCCCUCUCUCUCUCUUCCCUUGUUUCAAUGCUGAGUAUGAUUUGAUAAAUAGGUGUUAUUUUUUCUUUUGAUAAUAUUGUGCUUUAUAUUGCAUGUGUUGGUAAUCCUGAUGCAAUUGUGAACUAAUUAAAAUCAUUUAUUUUUCA